AUGUCCAAUCCUCCAGCCAACAUCACUGUUCUCCCCGACGAAGACAACAUCGAGCAAUGGAAACUUGUCAUGCUGGGACCUCCUGGCUCUCCAUACGAGAAAGGAAAAUUCAAGGUCAAUGUCGACUUUGGCAAAGAUUUUCCGUUCAAGCCACCCAUCAUCAAGUUUCAGACCAGAGUGUAUCACCCCAAUAUCGAUGACGACGGAAGUAUCUGUAUCGGACUGCUCAAAACUGAACAAUGGAAACCUGCUACCAGGAUGGAAGUCGUCUUGUCAUCAGUGUAUAAUCUUUUGAACGAGCCAAAUCCCGACGACCCCCUCAGCGCUUCUAUUGCCGAACAGUACAGGACCGACAGGCCUGCGUUCAACAAGAAGGCGCAGGAGUACGUGCAAAAGUACGCUUUGUGA